CCUUUUUAAAACGCUGGAGAGCUCAUUUGCCAAUCCUCCGAAGUUUAUUGAUGUCCUCGUACGUGGCGCUCGUGAUCGGUUCAACCGGUGCCGUAGGCCGCGACCUUGUUGCAGAGCUCGUAGCCUCCGCCAAGUGCUCGAAGGUCAUCGCUCUGGCGCGUCGCGACGUGCCUGAGUCAGCCUGGAAAUCGACAUUCCCGUCGCUGGACGGUGAGGCGGCCAAAAGCAAGCUGGAAGUGCGCCAAGUGGACUUCAACAGUCUCUCGGAAGCUGAUAUUAAGCCUUCAGACAAGGUGGACGCCGCCUUCUCGUGUCUCGGCACGACCCGCAAAGAUGCCGGCUCUGCCGAGGCCUUCCGCAAAGUGGAUCUGGAGUAUGUGACCAACUUCGCCGAACUGUCCAAGGCUGCAGGCGUCCCGUACAUGGGGCUUUUAACGUCCCAGGGCGCCAAUAAGGACAGCUGGUUCCUGUACCCGCAGACCAAGGGAGAAGUGGAGGACAAGGUGCAGCAAAUGAAGUUCCAGCGAACAUCCAUCUUCCGCCCUGGCAUGCUACAGCGUGGAGAACUGCUACGUGGCACAGAGAAAAUGUUCGGCUGGAUGAUCCCAGGGGCUUACCAGAUCUCGGUGAAGGCUGUGGCCAAGGGAAUGGUGUCGGACUAUGAGAGCGGCGCUGAAGGUCUCAAGGAAUGGAGCCACGCCGACUUGAAGAAGUUCGAGUGAACGUAGCAGUUUGCUCCAUUUAUGAAAUUUAGCCUUGGAAUCUCCUCAAUUGGCUUCAUACAUCGUCCGCUUACAACUUACUAGUUAAUCCAACAGGAAAGCGCUGCUUGGCCAGCUCAACCACUUCUUGCGCACAGCCCCAGUGUAGCGUAUGACCUGAUCCGCCGUGUCCAUAAUUGUGGAUCAGCACUGCACCACGCUUGGUUGGAGCAGCCUGCACCUCAAGACGCACACCUCCAGUGCGCCCCGGUCGAAGCCCCGCCAUCUUGGCAAUCACUUUGCUGUUGCGCACCUCAGGCCAUAGACGACAGCAGCGCUCCCAGACACCGUCGACAUCACUGUCAUUGUUCUCUGCAGUCCAGUUGUGCUUCUGCACAGUCCCACCAAGCACAACGUCGCCGUUUGGACGAGGGAUGACGUACGCGUACUCUCCGUCUUUGUCGACCGACAUCUUGAGCUCCUUCAGCUUUGGGUUGUACACGUUAAUGAUCUGGCCACGGAUCGGAAACAUCGUGCCAUCUCCAGCCAGUUCCUUCGCCGCCAGACCAGAACAAUUCACUAAAAGGUCACAUUCUUCCUCGUCUAGAGCAUUGACACGACGCUGCUUCAAAGUGCCACCCAGCUUCUGUAUCUCCUCGUGAAGCCACAGCAUGAAAGGUCUACAAGAGCGUCAAGUUUAACUAUCAGCACAAUAGUAUUAAACAGUAGACGUACUUGGGGUUGUAAAUGAUCGUAUCGAGCGCGAAGCCGUGCGUUGCUCCAGGUGACACCUCGGCAGCUUCUUCCUGGCUGAGCAGACGGAAGUUCUCGACACAAUGCGCCCAAUACGGAUGGAUCUACCCAGUCAGUUGGUGCAUCCAGCCAGCAAUCCACGGUUCUUACCACUUGAGGAGCUCCGACAGCAGAAACGUCGACGCCCGGGACAAUAUGAAUGUCCAACGACUCUCCCUUCUCCUUGUGGAGCGUCUCCAACCACGCGUAUGUCACUUCGCACCAUUUGCGAGGUCUUACGGUGUCGACUCCAUCGGGCAGAGCGAACGGCAUCCAGAGCCCCCCGGCUACGUGGGACGUGGUGGCCUCAAACUUCUUCGCGACGACCUGGACGUGCUUGAAGCCGCUCUGCAGCAACGCUAAGGCCGUAGUGAGACCGAUCACGCCGCCACCUACAACGAGAAACGAGCGUCACGCGAAGUCUUCAUCCAGUUAAGUUGGUAUCUUCGUGAAUGAGACCGCGAGGCCAGCGACCACCAAGUUGAAGUUUGAUCGCCGUAGUACAGUGACGUACGGUCCAUACCAUCAUCAGCUCCAAGAGGACAAGAGGACUCCAAGAAGACACACAAUGUGGACAUUUGUGGUCCACCCAAACUGUCCAAGACUACUGCAACGAUGCGCGAGCGAAAUGCUGACGCUAGGUGCUUCGAACAUGGGGAGCAGGUUCCGUAACGCCAGUCUUCGAAUGCCGCACGCCACCAGAGCCUGUGCGCUGCCAGUGCCUCUAAAGUUUCGGUCGAUGACUGAGCCCAAGGAAGCUCUCAUACUGAGCGCUCACUUGGCAAUUUGCUCUGUGUUCGACAAAAUUCGUUACAGCUUUCCCAACUCCCUCUACCAUGAACAAGCUUGCUUUUGUCGCUGUUGUCAUCAUGGCAGUCGUUGUCGCAACACGUGCCAUGCGACUGGAAGCUCCACGUGCCAACAACGCCAUCACUGCUAAGGCCAUGUGCUGCCUGUGAGCGUCUCCAAAUACCGAGAUAUCUCGGCUAACGCGCAUCAAGUCGUUGUCGUGGCGGACCAGGAUUUAAUGAAGGCGUAAUGUUGGAAUGAAUAAAGUUGGUAUAUUUUUCAUCAUGUC